UUGGAUAGAUACUCAAUCCCAAAAGGAAAAAAUAACAUUUUGUGAAGGUACAUUGGUACAGUCUCUGAAGAUGAACAUUUUUCAAGUUUAUUUCAAACCUUUGACAACUCUUUGAGAUUUACAUUUACAUUUGAGUCAUUUAGCAGACGCUCUUAUCCAGAGCGACUUACAGUUAGUGAGUGCAUACAUUUUCAUACUGUGGAUGCCUGUGGAUUCAUUAUGUGCCAGCCCCAAGGCACAGAGAGCAUUAAGUUAAGUAAUUAUUUGAGAGAGCAUCCUGGUGGACUUUCCUCGGUGGAGAGAGGCAGCUAUAAGGUCAGAACAUCGGAGCAUCCCCAGUCGCAGUUGAGUGGAGAGGACGGGGCGUGUACCCCCCCGGCAGCAUGAGUGAGGCACGCUGGGAUAGCGCGUCGCUGUUGGAGGUGCCCUCCUCCCCCAGCGGUGUCGGCGCCGCCGCCCGAACCCAGCCCAUCAAACUGAAUCCACGCUCCGCUGGGGGUUCGCCCUGCGGCUCCCCCAGGAUGUCCCCCCGGGACUCGCCCCGCAACUCUCCGCUCCUCUUCCGCAAGCUCCUCAUGAACCGCAGCAUCACCCUGCAGAGACGCUUCACCCUGUCUCACACACCCAGCUUUGAUGUGGAGAAUGGGCUGUCGGUGGGGCGCAGUUCCCUGGACCCCCAGGUCAGCCCCAGCUCUGGCCUGGUCCUGCAGGCCAACUACCCCCACAGCCAGCGCCGCGAGUCCUUCCUCUAUCGCUCUGACUCAGACUUCGACCUCUCGCCCAAAGCCAUGUCCCGCAACUCCUCCAUGGCCAGUGAGCUACAUGGAGAAGACAUGAUUGUAACACCAUUUGCACAGGUGCUCGCCAGUCUCCGAACAGUCAGAAGCAAUUUUGCCUACAUAACUCAUCUGCAGGAUCGGCCCAACAGGCGACCAUCAGGCAGCAAACCUCCCUCCAUACCUACCCAUACCAAGUCAAGCAUAACAGAGGAGCCCUACCAGAAGCUGGCCAUGGAGACGCUGGAGGAGCUGGACUGGUGUCUGGACCAGCUGGAGACCCUGCAGACCCGUCACUCAGUCAGCGAAAUGGCUUCCAACAAGUUCAAAAGGAUGCUGAACAGAGAGCUCACCCAGUUGUCAGAAACCAGUCGGUCAGGAAACCAAGUCUCAGAGUUCAUCGCCAACACUUUCCUAGAAAAGCAGCAUGAUGUGGAGAUUAUGUCUGGGCCUCCUAAGGAGAAGGACAAGAAGAAGAAGAAGAGGCCCAUGUCCCAGAUCGUUGCGGUGAAGAAGCCUGCCCUCAGCCCCAGCCUUGCCCCCACCCAGAUACCCCGCUUCGGGGUCACCACACUCCAGGAGGACCUACUGGCCACGGAAUUUGAGGAGAUCAACAGAUGGGGUCUAGAUAUUUUCAAGAUAGCUGAAUACUCUGGGAAUCGGCCUUUGACGGUGGUCAUGUACUCCAUUUUCCAGGAGCGAGAGCUGCUGAAAAACUUUAAGAUCCCAGCCGACACCUUUAUCACCUUCAUGAUGACCCUGGAGGACCACUACCAUGCCGACGUGGCCUACCACAACAACAUCCACGCUGCCGACGUGGUACAGUCCACCCACGUUCUCCUCUCCACCCCUGCCCUGGAGGCUGUCUUCACUGACCUAGAGAUCAUGGCUGCUCUGUUUGCCAGUGCCAUACAUGACGUGGAUCACCCCGGAGUGUCCAACCAGUUCCUCAUCAACACAAACUCUGAGCUGGCUCUAAUGUACAACGACGCCUCGGUCCUGGAGAACCACCACCUGGCUGUGGGCUUCAAGCUGCUGCAGGAGGACAACUGUGACAUCUUCCAGAGCCUCAGCAAGAAACAGGGACAGUCCCUCAGGAAGAUGGUCAUCGACAUGGUGUUGGCCACUGACAUGUCCAAGCACAUGAACUUCCUGGCUGACCUGAAGACCAUGGUGGAGACCAAGAAGGUGACCAGUCUGGGAGUGCUGCUGCUGGACAACUACUCAGACCGCAUCCAGGUCCUUCAGAACAUGGUUCACUGUGCUGACCUCAGUAACCCCACCAAGCCCCUGGAGGUCUACCGUCAGUGGACCGAUCGCAUCAUGGUGGAGUUCUUCACCCAGGGGGACAGGGAGAGGGACAAGGGAAUUGAGAUCAGCCCUAUGUGUGACAAACACAACGCCUCCGUUGAGAAGACCCAGGUGGGAUUCAUAGACUACAUCGUCCACCCUCUGUGGGAGACGUGGGCUGACCUGGUCCACCCUGACGCCCAGGACAUCCUGGAUAACCUGGAGGACAACCGGGAGUGGUACCAGAGUAUGAUCCAGCGCAGCCCCUCAUCCACCCUUGAGGACAGGGACCUUGACGAGGAGCCAGGUGCCCUGGAAGCCACGCCGGGGGGAUGCUGCGCCUCCGCAGGGGACAAGUUCCAGUUUGAACUCACCCUGGAGGAGGAGGAGGAGGAGGAGGAGGGUGACUCAGACCUGGAGAGCCCCCCUGAGGAGGAGACGUCACAGGGGGGAGAGACCUCUAGGAAGACCCCGUCCCCAUCCCCGGAGCCCAGCAGCAGAUACCGGCCCCCCUCCCCCCACCCCGGCCGGGCCCUCAGUCUGGCCACCAUGUCGGUUAGGAGCCCCGGCCAUCUCAGAACGUUGAGCCCCGGGCUGGGCGCGGACGACAUAGGCGAUAGGGACAGAGAACUGGUCCAGGAAGGCAGUAGUGUAGCUUACCUACGGCUUGGCACGUAACACCAACCUUGGCCCUCCCUUCAACUCAUUCUGUCCCUGCCUUGGUUCGUGGGUCCCAGCAGCAAUUGGACGUGCAGGGUGGGCUUUUUAUCAAGUCUGUAUUGACAACAGUUCCUUUACACUGGAGACACCUUUACACUUUUUAAUCUUGUAGAACAAGAAGUGUCGUUUUAUCCUCUAUUUCUUCUGUGUGCCAUAUAGGACUUUUUUGUCCUGCAUUCUGUAGUUGAUUCUGGGGGAAAGUGUCUUAGACUCAAAGGUAGUGAACUAACCACAAGCUAACCAGCCUCCCGACGAAGCAAGGAAUUGUACUGAGAAAACAAUGUCUUCCUCAAAAUGAUGGAAUAUAGAUAUAUUCAAUGGAAUAUUGUAAGAAUUGUAAUCAUUUUACAGGGUCUUGGAACUUUUGCAGCACACAUUUAGGGGAUGAUAUUCAUUUGAAUUCAGUCAGCAUAAACGAGUAUAUUUUAUUUUGUUUAGUCUGAGAAUUCUGUGAAUGUUUGACCUAAUCCAGUAUGUACCUGAAUAGUGAGAGAAUUGUAACUUAAACCUCAGGGUAUGACGAGAUAAAUUAUUUUAAUGUAGCACGGACUUCUUGGGUACCCCUUAACCUAGACUGCCUGUUCGAGUUUUGUUACUGAUAACAAACAGCUCUUAGAACCUUACUGCUUCAAGAGGUUCAAGUUAUGCAAAAAUACAUAUUUAUUUGUGUCUGGCGCCCUCUAUUGAUCUCAAUUGAAAAGUUAAUGAGUUUGAGAACUUAAGCAAUUUAAAUAUAAAAUAUGAAACCAACAGAACCAGUAAAUUGUAUUUCAAAAAAAUCCCGAAGUACUGUGGUUGAUUGGGGUACACAAUAGAAGUUGUUUUAAAUCUAGACUAACACCACUUACACUCAUGUUUGUAAAAUUGUAUUUGUUUCUAUGUGAUCAUGUUUUACGUUGUCACGUUUUUAAUUUGAUUUGAAAUAGUUCAGUUUUGUUUUAUAUAACAAAACUGAUCUAUUUCAAAUCAAAUUAAAAAACAUAGUGAAUACACCAUGGGUGUAUUCAUUAUGCCGAUUCUGUUGCAAAAUGUUUAGUCUGUUGCAAAACGUUUUGCAACAAACCGUUUACUACAAAUUGAAAAUGAGUUUCUAUUGGACAAAUUCAGGUAGGUCUCUCCCCGUUUUGUUCCAUUUGCUCUGUUUGCUUCCGGUAAAUGGUUUCCGUUGCAAGAAGUAAGAAUACACCCUAGGUCUGUUUGUCUCUGUGCUUUGUAAGCAUCAUUAUCAGGGUGUCUCCACCAUACAGUAGCACUUUACAAUUUUUGUUGUAGAGGAAGCCCAUUCAGUUCUAAAGAGCUUGAGCCAAACCAUGAUUCUAGUGGACAGCUACGGAAGGCUGUAGUUCCUGUCCAGAAACAACCCCUAGGCCUAACACCUAGACACAUCUAGAGCUGAGAGGAAUGGAUAGGUGUAAGCAGUAGGGAGAAAAUCCACCUAGCAGAGGGUGAGAUUUAUGUAGCUUAAAGGGCCACACAGUCAAAAACAUGAUUUCCUGUGUUUUAUAUAUACAUUUCAACACUGAGGUUGGAAUAAUACUGUGAAAUUAUGAUAAUGCACUUUGUGUUAGUUCAUAGACCAAUAACAGGAGAGUUUGCCCUCCUCUCUGCCAAUAACAGCUAGCUCAGUUUACACAUCCCUCCCAUUAGGCUCCUCCAAUUAGGCCCCUCAGACCACUCUGACAGUCCUAGCUAAAUUCUUGCUUGAGAAAUUGUAUUUUGCUAAGAAGCCAUUUGGUUAUUUUUUACAAUUUUUAUUGAAAAUGAUCACAGUAAGGUUCUUAAUUGUUACCCAGAAAUUAUUUGAUAGAGAGUCAAAAACGGCUGCAUUUUAAACCUAUAAAAUCCUGUCAGAUCUCCACAAGUGUCGAGGUUUUAGGGGUUGUUUCUGAACAGGGCCGCAGAGUAACUAAUUAGGGCUUAUUCAGUAGGGUGUGAUGCUUUGAAAGUUGCAGAUAGAAAUGUAAUGAACAGCGUUGAUACGAUUCCCUGUAGUAUGCAACAGAAAAUCAUGUCUGGUUUACACAAUACUGUACAUUCUGUAUUGACAUUGGAUAAUUUUCCAUUCACCUGAAUAAGCCCCUAAUGUCUUGUUUGAUUUGUUCUCGAGGGAAACCAGUUGACAGGGAAAAUUGUGACAGUCUUUGGAAUUUGAACAAAAGCAUCUGCCAACCUAAGUCGUAAUGAAAUGUUGAACAAAGUUCUCUCUGAACUGUUGAUUGUAAUCAUGUCAUACUUUGACUUUAAAAAGUGUUGUUUCAUCAA